AUGGGCGCUCUUCUGAGUAUGCGGUCGCAGGAUACGGAGGCCACGGCGUUAAGCAAGGAUGAGGUGUGGCAGUUGCGCAAGAAGCAUUUUUGCCCUGCUCAAAGCGUCUCCUAUGCUAACACAGAUCCGCUGCUCAUCGUUCGUGGCCAGGGCAGCCACUUGUAUGAUCAGGAAGGCAACUCGUACCUCGACACGAGAAACAAUGUGUGCCACGUGGGACACAGUCACCCGACGGUAGCUGCUGCAGUCGCAGAGCAGGCUGCAACACUCAAUACGAACACGAGGUAUUUGCAUCCGAACCUUUGCCUUCUGGCAAAGCGCUUGACGGAGACUUUCCCUGCCGGCAGCGGCUUGGAGGUGUGCUUCUUCGUGAACUCUGGCUCCGAGGCGAAUGAUCUGGCGGUGCGUCUGGCAUUCUCCCGGACAAGCUCUCGCGAUAUCAUCGUGGUCGACCACGGGUAUCAUGGACACACCCAGCAGACGAUAGAGAUCAGUCCGUACAAGUUUGACCACAGAGGAGGUGAAGGCGCGAGACCGAACAUCCACAAGGUGCCGUGUCCAGAUACUUACCGUGGCCCUCACCGCGGGCCGGAUGCCGCAGAGCAGUACGCCUCAGCUGUUGCAGCAGCCUGCAAAACUGCGGGGAACGUUGCAGCUUUCUUCGUUGAGUCCGGCAUGUCUGUGGGUGGUGUCAUAUUGCCCCCCAAGGGCUACUUGCAAGCAGCAUACCGGGCAGUGCGUCAAGCGGGAGGUGUCUGUGUUGCUGACGAAGUGCAGGUUGGCUUUGGGCGCUUUGGUGACUAUUUCUGGGCAUUUGAAGAACAAGGUGUUGUGCCGGACAUCGUGACAAUGGGCAAGCCCUUCGGAAAUGGCAUGCCCCUGGCUGCAGUGGUAACCACGAAGGAAGUGUCUGAUGCUUUCCACAACGGUUUGGAGUAUUUCAAUACUUUUGGUGGCAAUCCGGUUUGUUGUGCUGCUGGCUUGGCUGUACUGGAAGUCAUGCGACGGGAGGGGCUGCAAGACAACGCUGCCAAGGUUGGCAAGUAUAUUUGCGAGCAGAUUCGGCAGCUUUCAACAAAGCAUGAGCUUAUUGGUGACGUCAGAGGUCGCGGCCUUUUCGUAGGAAUCGAGUUUGUCCGGAAUCGCGACACGCUCGAGCCAGCAACUGCAGAGACUUCCGAGAUCUGCUCACGCAUGAAGAGCGAACACAGGGUGUUGAUGAGCAUCGACGGGCCGCAUGAUAAUGUUCUCGUCAUCAAGCCGCCAAUGUGUUUUUCUAUCGCUGACACAGACUGUAUGGUACAAGCAAUGGAUCAGAUUCUGUCCACUUUGGUCGGUCCCACGCCUGGUGUACAGGUUACCCACACGCCAACCUGA